AUGAGCGCCUUUAUCGAGAAGGCGCCUCGUGCAGGGCGUCAGAAAUGGUAUCAAUGGUUUGCGCCUACCGACACACCCGCCGAGCGACGCCUCAUUCUCAAGCUGGACGGCCUUAUCAUUGUGUUUGUGUUCCUGGCCUACUGGGCUAAAGUGCUCGAUUCCUCCGCCACGAGCACCGCCUAUGUCAGCGGUAUGAGGGAGGACUUGAAGAUGUACGGCAAUCAGCUGAAUUACCUGAAUACCGUGUACAUGGUCGGGUUUAUCACAAUGCAGAUCCCCUUGACAUUGGCUAUGACGCGCUUCCCGGUGAACUACUUCCUACCAGUCGCCGACCUUCUGUGGGGCGUGUUCACUUUGGCACAAUACAAAGCGACCAGUGUCACGCAGCUGUACGCCUUACGCUUCUUCGUCGGCGCCCUAGGCGGCUUCUUCUUCCCCGCUGUCCAAUGGUACCUGGGCUGCUGGUAUAAGCGCUCUGAACUGGCACGCCGCGGAGCCAUCUUCUUCAUCGCCAGUCAAGUGGGCAGCAUGAGCUCGGGGUAUAUUCAAGCGGGCGCCUACGCCCGACUCAACGGGCGGUAUGGCAUCGAGGGCUGGCGCUGGCUGUAUAUCAUCUGCUUCGCAUGCACCAUCCCCAUCGCCUUCCUCGGCCUGUGCCUCCUCCCCAGUACGCCCGAUAAAUGCAAAUCCCGCUUCUUAACCCCGGAAGAAAUCAACCUAGCACAAGCCCGCAUGGCCGCCGAACACCGCCAACCGCGCCAGCCCUUCACCCUCCCGCGCAUCCUCACCAUCCUCAAGGGCUGGCGCCUCUGGGUGCUAGUGGGCUUUGCGUUCUUCUUCUCCCAAGCGGACGGCGUCUCCUCGAACAGCGGCCUCUCGCUGUGGCUGAAAGCCGAGGGCUACUCGGUCGAGAGCAUCAACACGAUCACCACCGUCUCGCCGGCGGUGACGAUCAUCUCGUCGAUUCUCUGCGGCGUGCUGUCGGACAUCUACGACGUGAAGGUGGCGCUGAUUGCCACGACGGCGGGGCUGAACAUCUUCGCCUGUGUGGUGCUAGCGAUCUGGCGCGUGCCGGUCGGCCUGAAAUUCUUUGCGUUCUUUUUGUCCGGCACGGCGGAUGGGAUCGCGGCGAUCAUCUAUGCGUGGGCGAAUGAGAUCUGCGCGCGGAGCGCGGAGGAGCGCGCGUUGGUGAUCAGCGCGAUGAAUACGGUUGGGAAUACGUUUGGGGCGUGGAUUCCGUUGCUGGUGUGGAAGACGGUGGAUGCGCCGCGGUAUCUAAUCGGGUACAAUUGGACGAUUGCGUUGGAUGUGUGCAUGUUGUUGAUGCUGGUGGUGUUGCAGCGGUUCUGGCGGCGGGAGCAGAGACGCGCUCAGACUGGGGUCUAGCAUCUCCCCUGAUUUUAAAUGAUAAAGUCGAG